UGGUCCAGAUUGUCACCUCCUCAGAAUGGCCAUGUCAAAAUUUACCGACACGAUUGCAGAUCUACCCUCGGGAGUAAAGAUUGUGGGCGGGGCUCUGGUCGCCGGGGCCGUGUUAGUUGCUGUCUGGAGGAGACUUGGUGCCCAGCACACCAAAAGGAAGGUGUAUCCCCCGGAUACCAUUGUUAUCCAUCAGUUAGGGCGUGGCCCAUACGUCCCUAGCCUCACACCUUUUGCAAUCAAGCUCGAGACAUACUUUCGGUUGGAAGGCAUUCCAUACCAGGUUGAACAUGACCUGCUCAAGAAAAGCAAGAAAACAGGAAAAGUGCCGUUUUUGCAGUACAACGGAGAGGAAGUAUCGGAUAGCGAGUUCAUCCUAGAGUUCCUCAGUAAGGAAAAGGACUUUGACCUUUAUAGAGAUCUUACACCUGAACAUAUUGGAAUCGGCAGGGCCUUCCAGAAAAUGGCGGAGGAAAAUACAUACUGGUGCUUUGUGGCGGAUAGGUGGGUUCUUGACAAAACCAAAACAGCACUGAAAGAGUCCGGUAUUCCUCGGUUUCUAUGGGGUAGAAUGCAAAAAAAAGUCUGGACUCAGAUACAUGCACAAGGUAUAGGGCGUCAUACACCAGAGGAAAUACGUCACAUCAUGUCGGGAGACCUGAAGGCCAUAUCCGACUAUAUUGGGUCAAAGAAGUUUAUGUUCGGUGAGAAAGCCUGUAAAUUUGACUGUGCAGUAUUUGGAAUUUUGGCCGAGAUCAGAUGGGCGUCAUUCGGAGGGUUUGGAACAUCUGUCAUCAAACAAUAUCCUAAUCUUUGCGAAUAUUGUGAAAGAAUGAAGGAAACAUUUUGGCCUGACUGGAACGAGUAUAUUCAACGAGACUGCACCAAGUAGUUAAAAUGCCUAGACAUGUCCGUUACCUGUGAAGGACACAAUCUGCCAACAUAGAAAUACAUAAUGAUCCGACAUAUGAUGGCUAGACAGUGGUGUGUUGUUAGCAACUUUGUCUAUGUGCCUUUUCCCAGUGUCUUACAUUUUGAGGAGAGCAGGGUAAUAUGGAUGUCCUGGUAUCAUAGAAAUUGGAACUCGUCUGAAACAAAAUGUUAAAAUUUUGUUAUUAAGUUUCUGUUUUAAAUUGGAAAAAACACACAAGAAAGCUGUCUGUUUCAGAUACUCUGAAUAUACAUAAUGUAUAUAGUUUAAUGCAUAUAUUUGUAUAAAGCAGAGGCACUAUGACACGAAUACCGGUUCAGUGCAUUAUCACGCAACAUGGCAUGGUGAAAAGUGACGUCAUUUCCUGUACUGUCAAAGUUCACGUCAGGACAAACAAGAAUGUUGAUUAAAAUUGUAAUCAAUCUUUGUGAGUUUAGGUUUUCUUUCAUGUUCUGAAUUUUGAAAUCUGUUUUUUUUUUUUUUCUUUCUUUCUUUUUUUCGCACAUCUUAUUCUGUCUGGUGAAAGGUGAUGACGUCACUAGCCUUUGAGUAUAAGCAAGCUUUUGGUCAUGUAAUUCAUCACUAGAGUGGUAAAAUAUCUGGUCGUAAAAGUCCUAUGGACCCCAAAGGCCUCAAAAUCUAAGAAUGGUUUUAUUAAUGGUUUAAAGCAUUAGCAUGGUUAGGUAAUGUAUUAAGUUUUUUUAUUGUUGUUUUAAUUUUACAUGGUUGUAAUUAAUAUAUAUAUAUGUAAAAAGUUUUUAUAUACAUUUGUAAAAAAUGGAAGACAGCAUAAUCUCAAUAAACUAUUCAUCCCAAAGAAAGCUUAGUUUAAAACGUUGAAAUUUUUUGAUGGGAAAAACAUUCAAAAACAAAACAAAAACAAAAACAAAACAACUUUCAUUGAACAUUUUUCGUAUUGACAGUAUAUUUUUUUGGUUUUUGUUUUUUUUGUUUUUUGGUUUUUUGGUUUUUUUUACUUUUUAUUUGAACACCAACCAGAAAACUGCAGCGUAAAAGUUAACAGGCAGCCAUGUCUAGCCCUAGAUUUACCACAUUUAUCGAGGUGAGCAAGAAUAUGACAAGGUAAAGGUUUGAACUUACCUUUUUCUGUCGUCAGUUCAGAAGGAUGGGAUAGAAAUUUGAUGAACAAUGUUCAUUAAACAUGUGUUGUUAACUACAA